AUGAAAACUUUCGCAUUUUUGUCGGUGAUCAAUGCUUCUCAAGAUUUGAGAGCCUGUCCUGACCAGGAAUUAGGAGACCAAUGUGUUUCAAAUUGCCAAGGGGAUCUUUCGACCUGUCUUGCUAGCUGCUCUGAUGCUUCCUGCCAGGAGCAAUGCUACAACAACUUCAACACCUGCUCUUUCCGUUGCCCCUGCAACAUCUUCUGCCCCGAGGGCUGCAAGGAUUGCGAUAACCCGAUCUGCCCUGAGGACGGUUGCCCAGAUCAGGUCCUCGCCGACGAAUGCGAGGGAAAAUGUUCGGCUGUUCUUGGAAGCUGCUUGAGUGGUUGCUCCAGUGCCGACUGUCAAGAAGACUGCUUCAACUCGUACAAUAAUUGUUCAUUCCGAUGCCCAUGCAAUAUUUUCUGUCCUAACGGAUGUGAAGGAUGUGACAAUGAAAUUUGUGGCGACGGAACCUGCCCGGACCAGGAUCUCCUGGAAAUCUGCGAGGCAAACUGCAAUUCAACUCUUCAAAUCUGCAUGAGCGGCUGCAGCGGUGCCCAGUGCCAGGAAGACUGCUACCAUGACUUUGUCACGUGUGAGUUCCACUGUCCCUGCAACGCCUUCUGCCCAAGUGGAUGUGAUGCUAUCGGCUGCGAUGCUCCAAUCUGCGGUGGCGAUGGGGGCUCAGGAGGUUCUAGAAGAAUUGUUCACCUUGGUGAUCCAGAGUCUACGGAUAAAACUGUGUUCUUUGCUACCGAUGAGUGGGGCGAGAUUUUUGAAAAUCUGUCAAUCCAACUUCCCGAGUCGGGUUCGAAUUCCUUCACUGUGCUCAACGGAGCCGGCUACGUAGUCUAUAAAAACGAAGUCUACGCCUUCGGUGGCUACACAACCUACGGUGUUCCUAAAACAAGAAUCUUGAAGCUCGUUGGCUGCGAAUUCCAAGUUCAGUCCGCGAAGUUGCGAUACGACUUCUCCACUUCAUACGGCUCUAUUGCUGUUUGGGACGGUGGCAAAUGGGAGCCCGAAGGUGUGUACAUCUGUUUCGGAAGCUUCGACGGCGGAAAACGAUGCGAGCGAUUCGAUGGAACAGAAUCCGUCUACUCUAGCACUUCAAGAAAGUCCCACAGAGAUGGGUCGGUGUGCAUUUACGACGGAAAACUACUUGCUAUCGGUGGGACAAAUGACGAUGCCAACUACACUGAGAUGUUCAGCUGGGAAUGGAAUCCUGCUAUUCCACACCCAGAGGGACAUUCUUAUGCACCUUGUGUCACUGUUGAUGAAGGAGUUUUGCUCUUUUCCAGAAGCAGCGCAUACAACAGCAAAGUCUGGCUCUUCUCAAACUUUGAGUGGUCAGAAGUCGGAGGUUUCCCGGUGAAAGCCUCUUGGUUUACCGCCCUACCUCUUGACAAUAAUACGAUUAUGAUGUAUCCCGGCGAAGUUGGCAAAGCCGCUUAUCGAACAGUCUGGAAUGGGGAGGAAAUUGUGGAGAGCACGAAAAUGCUGGAUGAUGGAGAACUUCGAUACGAUAGAACAAUGAAGCCGAUUGUUUUCCAGGGAGUCUUAGACUGCCCAGUUACUGUUUGA